AGCUGUCAAACACAAGGCCCACGGGCCAAAUAUGGCCCUCCAGGCCAUUUCAUGUGGCCCUUCACCUCUCCUACAGACCCCCUGUACCCCCUGUACCCUUGUCCCUCAGCAGUCGGCAGCAGAGAGGAGAAUAGAACCCCUCUGCCAAAUCCUGCACCUCUCAGUGCAGCUGCAGCACCCCCUCAUCUCUGCCUCCCCUGGUCUCAGCAUUCAGCAGACUCUGGUAACUGAUUCCACUUCUCCUCUGGUCCUCCUCCAGACCCUGCACUGUUUCCCAGCUCUGCCCCCAAAGUGGGUGCACAGUGAUGUUAGGAAGGGUGUGGGAUUCUUGACAUCUGAUGUAAUAAGAGGUGGGGUGCUCUGGACA